AUGUCUUUCAAAACUAAAAUGAAGGAAAAGCACGGAUCGAGACCUAUGGUUCAACACAAGCAGAACUCUCUGCCGUUGUUAAGACAUGAAGACGCCUCAGAGAAACACAAGGGAAGCAGUGAUCCCCACCGACUCAAAAGCAGCAUUACAAAACCUUUAAAUAUCAGUCAGGACCACAUCUACAGAGUUCAGGAGCCUGAGACUGACGUAUCGGAGGUGGAGAGAGAGAGGUGCGGCAAGAGGUGUCCCGUGGUGGGCCUGGAGACCAUCGAGCAGUAUAGAGCCUAUCUCCACCACACAGAGACUAACUGCUCGACUCUAGUACAGUUUGGGGGCUGGGUACCCGCUCCCGGUGACGGAGCCAAAUAUGUGUGUCUGGACAAGAGGUUCAACAUUAAGCCCGGCAACUGUACCAUCUUCUCCUUCGGUGUCAACAACGAGUGGUCCUUUGAGGACGAUUUUGCCAUAUACGGCUGCAAGGUGUACGCAUUCGACCCCACCAUGGGUAAGGAGGAUCACCAACGGUCCGCCAACGUUCGCUUCCAGGCCGUGGGCAUCGCUAACUACAAGGGUACAAAGAAGAUUGGUAUGGACUUCAGUUACGCUAUUCAAAAGGUAGAUCGCUUCGAGAACUUGGUGAACCAGCUGGGACUCGCGGGUCAGGUGAUCGACUACGUGAAGCUGGACGUGGAGCUGUCGGAGGUGGACUUCCUGCAGGAUAUGCUCCUUAACUCUCCACACGUCCUCAGGAACAUCAAGCAGAUCGCUAUGGAAGUUCAUGAUGACUAUUUCGAAGGAGACCUGAGCCAGACGAGCAAACAGCAGGUGUUCUGGCCCUACUUCAUGCUGCUCAAGUGUCAAGACUUCCGACUGGUCCAUUCCCGAACUAAUCAUGGACGGUGGCGGGAGGUGGUGUGGGCCCGGGAGGUCGACUGGUAGGCCCCGUCCUCCAGCGGGAGGUGGUGUGGGCCCGGGAGGUCGACUGGUAGGCCCCGUCCUCCAGCGAGAGGUGGUGUGGGCCCGGGAGGUCGACUGGUAGCCCCCGUCCUCCAGCGGGAGGUGGUGUGGGCCCGGGAGGUCGACUGGUAGCCCCCGUCCUCCAGCGGGAGGUGGUGUGGGCCCGGGAGGUCGACUGGUAGCCCCCGUCCUCCAGCGGGAGGUGGUGUGGGCCCGGGAGGUCGACUGGUAGCCCCGUCCUCCAGCGGGAGGUGGUGUGGGCCCGGGAGGUCGACUGGUAGCCCCCGUCCUCCAGCGGGAGGUGGUGUGGGCCCGGGAGGUCGACUGGUAGCCCCCGUCCUCCAGCGGGAGGUGGUGUGGGCCCGGGAGGUCGACUGGUAGCCCCCGUCCUCCAGCGGGAGGUGGUGUGGGCCCGGGAGGUCGACUGGUAGCCCCCGUCCUCCAGCGGGAGGUGGUGUGGGCCCGGGAGGUCGACUGGUAGGCCCCGUCCUCCAGCGGGAGGUGGUGUGGCCCCGAGAGGUCGACUGGUAGCCCC